AUGAUAGCAGCAAGACAUCAGAAGACUCCAUGCUGGGUCUUCUCAGUGAAAAUGCUUCGGAAAACUGGUGCUAAGAGCAGAAUGAGCUACACUGUGGAUUCUGCCAUGGGGAGCCCUGUGCCUUACUCAGCACCUCGUCCUGCGAUGGCGAGGCAGGGACCUGUCAAUACCUUUGAAGAUCCUCGAAUGACCUAUACUUUCCAGAUGAAUUAUCACCACCAGCAAAGACUUUACUACCCAUUCUGGGAUGAGAUGGCUACCCAGGAAGUUCCCACGGGUCUCGAACACUGCGGCUCAGGGAUGAAUGAACAGCGUUUCCAAGGAUUUUUGCAUCUGUCGGAGACUGGAAAACUGACAGGAGGGGCUGUGGGGGAGUGGUCAACCCCCCCUUACAGCAGCCUUCAUUGGAAUGUUGUAACUACCCGCUAA